UAAAAAUGAAAUGAAUAUAUACAAAUUUUAAAUCCUACACUUUAUAUUUAUUAAUAUGUUCAAAAUUCUGCAUAGCAUUAAAAAAUGCUUUAUUUUAAUAGUUUUGUGUAGCUUUUUAUGUUUUAUUUUGUGUGACGCGGUUAUAAACAAAUCGUCAAACGGUGAAAAAAGUGAAUGUUCUGCAGAGGGAAUUAGUAAAUACUCUAGAGAAGCUAAUAUUAAUUAUAUGAAAUACUUGACGCUAAUAGAAGAAGCGAAAAGAAACUACAAGCCUUGUAACCAUAAUAAAUGUAACUGUCAUGGACCUGUAAUAGCGCAAGAUUUAAAAGUCUUUAAAGAACGCGGGAUUAGUGAAAAACUAAUUGAUAAUGUGAAAUCCAAAGGAAUUAAAUACCAAAUUAUUAAUAACCGAUUAUACAGAAGUCCCGAUUGCAUGUUUCCCGCACGUUGCGCUGGAAUUGAACAUUUUCUUCUUCAGGAAGUUCCAAAUCUUCCUGAUGUGGAAUUUAUUGUCAAUACUCGAGACUGGCCACAGAUCCACAAAAGUUAUGGCUUUUUUGGACCAGUUUUCUCGUUUAGCAAAACAAAUGAAUAUCAUGAUAUCAUGUAUCCUGCUUGGUCAUUUUGGGAAGGGGGUCCAGCCAUAAGCUUGUAUCCUACAGGAAUAGGACGUUGGGAUCUUCACAGAUCUAAGUUGGGUAAACUUGGAAAUCUUACAAAAUGGGAGGACAAACUGUCACAAGUAUUUUUUAGAGGUUCUAGAACAUGUUCUGAACGGGACCCUUUAAUAUUACUUUCAAGGGAUAAACCAAGUUUAGUGGAUGCUAGAUAUACAAAAAAUCAAGCUUGGAAAUCUGAUGCGGACACUCUCCACUCUGCACCAGCCGAAGAAGUUCUUUUUGAAGAUCACUGCAAGUACAAGUAUUUGUUCAACUUUCGAGGUGUGGCAGCCAGCUUUCGGUUUAAACACAUUCUGCUCUGCAAAUCUUUGGUAUUUCAUGUGGGGAAUGAAUGGCAGGAAUUUUUUUAUAAUGCUCUAAAACCAUGGGUGCAUUAUAUACCAGUAAAUUCUAAAGCAACAAAAGAACAGAUACAAGAAUUGAUUGAUUUUGCUGUGCAUCAUGACAGUAUUGCCAAAGAAAUUGCAGAAAACGGAUACAAUGUAAUUUGGAAUAAUCUGAGAAUGAAAGAUAUUUCAUGCUAUUGGCGUAAAUUACUAAAAAAAUAUGCCAGCUUAAUGGUUUAUAGGCCCAAAUUAGACAAAAGUUUAAUAGAGAUUAAACAUUGA